UACAAACAUGCAAGCAUGGCAGCAAGUGAAAGAGAAAAAUACUUGGUAAGGAACACAUUAAUCUCGCUUUUAAAGGCUGUAGAAGGAAAAGUAACUACAAUAGAGCUGAGGAAUGAAAAUUCUGUCACCGGAAGAGUAGAAGAUGUGGACGCAUUUAUGAACAUUGUAAUGAGAAAUGUUGUGUUCAGAUCAUUCAGAGGAACAUCACAAAACUUCUCCAGUUUUUUCGUUCAAGGACAAAAUGUUAGAUACGUGCAUAUUCCAGACGAGAUCGACAUGAGAGCAGCGAUAGACCACCAGGUUAACAAAGGCUGGCGAAUGAGAACUAAGAUUGCGCGUGAUGUAAGAGAAGCUGCUAAAGUAAGAAUUACCAAGAGGGGACUGCAGGCAAAGAAGGAGGAGACUCUUAGACAAAGAAAGAAAGAGUUUGAAGAAAAGAAGAAUAUUCCACAAAAAAAUUAACUUUUUGGUUCAUGAAAGAAUUUAUUUUGCAAUACUGUUGAGCAGUUAUACAUGUUAUAUAUCCUAACAAAGGGACAAUCUUGUUGACAAAAAUAAAGUGGUGAAAAUAAAUUUGUCUUCAGUGGAUGAGCAUGUAGAUAUGUGGUCUUUUGAAAUACUAUAGGUAAACAUACAUGCAUAUUAAAACACUGAAGACAGAUCAGUUGAGACUGUACAUGAUAAAUGAAUUUGGCAUUAGAUGUUUAUUAUAUUGCAAUGCAAUAAAGGAUUAGAAUGCA